GAUUUCCCUUCGUUCUCUCAUAGGUACCUGCAGGUAUCUUCAUUUUUCGAACCACUGCGAAAUUUAGCAGGGCAUUACUUUCAGUGCUACAUUGUCAUUGUUUCCCACCACUGUAUAUAAGUAUUCCUCCUGGCUUUCUUUUCUCGUUAGUUCAUUUAAAAAAAAAAAAAAAAAGAGCUUUGACACCCACAGCGACCCUAAAUUCACGUCAUUUGCCUACUGCGGGGACACCUAUUACUGCGGGGCAAACCCGUCCAAACGCCCUGCGUCCCAGGUACCUCAGGCACGGGAUAGCGACCGUAAACUCCGCAUUGCUCAAGAGGCUGCCAACAACGCUCUCGACAACCCAUGCUCACAACUGGAAGCAAUGGGUCGCGUAACAAAUGAAGAGUUCUUCAUCAAGCUCGCGGAGCUCUUUGCCGCGCGCAAAGGGGAUGACCACGGCCAGAUACACCUGACCCAAAAACGACUGUCCCAUGACGCCCCGCAAUCAUCCGACCCCGACGCCGACCUGCACCCGGAGAAGCCGCUACCGAUCGUGGUGCGCGCCAGCAACGGCAAGGGCAGGGGCGCCAAGAAGGAGAAGCUGAGCCUCUCGACCACGGUUGACCCCGAAGGUCUGGACAGCUUUUACGCCCGGUACGCCGAAGUGUGCAAGGCCGGCAUGGUGGCGCUUAAGCCCAGAGACAAGAGCAAGAAGAAGGCAAAGGCGAAGAAGAGGAAAGGUGGUGCGGUUACUGGAAAGGCAUGAAACACGGCAGUUUUGAAUCCCAAAACGUAACAUGGCGUCCUCAAGGCAUUGCUGCAGGUUAAUCGCACAGGGAAAUGACUGAUGAUACCCAAACCACUACUUUUAUUCUUGGGCCGGACACAUGCCGCUUCGUACAAGUAAUUGCAAAGUUGAGAAGAAUGAUGUACGAAAGGAAAAUCAGGUCCCAGAACGACUGAAGAGAUAUAUUACAACGGAAGCAUCGACCACUCUAGGUUUACCAUUUGUCCUCAGCUUAUCACAGAGCAAUCCAAAAGCAGAUCCAAUAUCACAAACGCCGCCAUCAUG